AUGGCUUCGCUCCCCAAGGACAACACAAUGGAACUGUGGAUGCUUGGGGGUGGAUUCGACAAGGACCUUGAAGAGACUCUGAAGGAGGCCGUAGGCGGAUCAUUGCUGAGGGAGUGCGGUGGCGAGCCCCUCCUUAUCUGGAAGGUAGGGCGCAUCGAUCUGGAAUACAAGAUUUUCUGGUGGGACUUCAAUGUGGGGAAGUCGGUGAUGACAACGAUCCUAGGUGGGCGGACGUUGUUUAUUGGCUACGACGAUUUUGUCGCGUGCCUUGGUCCAGAUGUUCCAGGGAUCCGUGCCGACUGUGUGUAUGGAUCAUUGUCCUGGAGUGGGGGAUGGAGCGAGUAUUCUCUUAUCGACGGGACCUGUAAAUGCUUCCCUGCACAGUAUCCAAGUGAACCAGGGGUUGGUUUCGGGAGGCCGCAGGUUUGGGUGCUUCCAAGCUUGUUCUGCGACUACUGA